AUGACUCGAUUAUUACUCACGACAGUUGUCAUUUGUAUUUCAAUUUUGUUAGCCCUGACAGGAUAUAUCAGUGCCGCGGUUACAUGCAAUGGUGUAGAUCAGACAGAUCCUUCAACCUGCAGUGGUCAUGGUCUAUGUAAAAGCAACAAUAAUUGCGCAUGUCUUGACAUGUCACCUGCCAAUACAUUAAUUUCACAAACUGGAGGAUACAAUGGCAUUCCAACAACAUUAAAUACCUCACGAACGCUAACUUCAUCAAAUGGUCAAUAUCAAGCAUCAUUAGAUCCAUCAACAGGUCGUUUACAAGUCCAAGAUGUCACCAACUCGACCAUCGUUUAUCAAAGUGCAACUUUAUUAUCAGCAGCUUUAUUUGCACCUUUUGAAUUAAGAUUAUUUGUACCUUCAUCUACUACCUGUCAAAUAUCAAUUUAUGGAAAUAAUGUAUUAGGUUUGACAUUGACAGGUACAGUAAGUGCAAUUUUGCCAUGCAGAUUGGUCAUGAGAAAUAAUGGAGAAUUAGUAAUGUACAGUUCCGCUGGGUUUGUUUGGUGGACAACAAAUCCAUCACUGUCAACUGGCACUGAAGAUUUAAUUUAUCAAGGUGUCAAUUGCGCUUCACCAACUUGUUAUGGAAUUUUGGCAGAAUCUCCAAAUGUUUGUUCUGGAAAUGGAACUUGCACCUUUACUAAUUCAUGUUCUUGUAAAAGUGGACAUUUCGGAGAUUUAUGUGAUGCUUUUAAAUGUUUUGGAAAUUUGGCAAAUGACACGUUGAAUGUUUGUUCAGGAAAUGGAAAUUGCAUUUCUCCAAAUGUUUGUUCGUGUAAUUCUGGAUUUUAUGGACCUAAUUGUGAUUUAAUCAAGUGUUUUGAUGUGCUCAGUAAUGAAACAUCGAGUGUUUGUUCUGGACAUGGAAUUUGUUCGAGUACUGACAAUUGCACUUGUGCAAACGGUUAUUUGGGGAGUAAAUGUAAUCAGUUCGAGUGCUUUGGAAUUUCAAAUUCAGUAACUUCAGGACUCCAAUUGCCAUGCUCUGGAAAUGGAACAUGUACUGGAAUAGAUCAGUGUGUAUGUCAAUCUGGAUUUAUUGGAAAUGAAUGUGAAACAUUUAAAUGUUCUAAUUUUCUCAAGAAUGACACUUUGAAUGUUUGCUCUGGUAAUGGAUCAUGUAUUGCUCCUAAUCAGUGUUCAUGUCAAUCUGGAUUUUUCGGUUCGACAUGUGAAGCUUUCAAAUGUGGAAAUGCAUUAUUCAAUUCGAGUUCAGUAUGUUCUGGAAAUGGAUUUUGUAAUGCUCCAGAUCAGUGCAUUUGUAAGAAUGGUUAUUCUGGAUCAUUGUGUGAUAAAUUCACUUGCUUUGGAAUUGCCAAUGAUUUAACAAGUGGUGGUCCAUUAGCAGUUUGUUCUGGAAAUGGAACAUGUUCUGCGUUGGACAAGUGCAUUUGUAAUUCUGGAUUUUUGGGUGACAGCUGUGACACUUUCAAAUGUUUUAACAAGUUGAAGAAUGAUAGUUUGGUUUGUUCUGGUAAGGGAAGUUGCAUUCUUCCAGAAACUUGUUCAUGUUCGUUGGGAUAUGAAGGAUUGAAUUGUGACGGUUUCAAAUGUUUUAACAAAUUGAAAAAUGAUAGUUCAGUAUGUUCAGGAAAUGGAUUAUGUACUGAUAUUAAUCAAUGCUCGUGUAAGAAUAAUUGGUUAGGUCUUGAUUGUUCUGUCACUUCUUGCUUUAAUUUACUGUCAAAUGACACAACUGUUUGUUCUUCGAAAGGAAGUUGCGUUGGAUUUAAUCAAUGCUCAUGUCAAUCUGGAUAUUUUGGUAGUCUAUGUGAUGUUAAGAAAUGCUUCUCCUACCUGUCAAAUGAAACUUCACUUGUCUGUAAUGGACAAGGAACAUGUACUGAUCUUGACACUUGUUCCUGUAACUCUGGAUUCCUUUCGAAUGACUGUAGUGUCAAUACGAAUCCAUUUUCCAUUUCUUUGAACGUUUCUUCACUUUCCAUUUAUCAAGCUACUUCUUGGAAUAGUGUGAAAAUUUCCCUGUCAGAAGUUUUAAAUGUCAAUUUAAUUAAUUUCAAUUGGUAUUGCUUGGAUUGUGUCACCAGGACAAGUUCUAAUCUCCAGAAGGGACUUGUGAGUUCUUCACAAAUUUUACAAUUUAGAACUUCAGAUUUAGUGGCAGGAACUUUUACAUUUAUUGCAAAUGCAACAUUUUCGAAUAUUUCACCAUAUCCAAAACGGGUUUCGAAUAGUGUUUCAUUUAAAUUGACUGUAUUGGAUAUUAAUGUUCCUACUUUGGAUGUUUUUGGACUUCCUUCAGUAAUUAUUUCAAAAAUUGAUCAACCAAUUUCUAGUAUAGUUUCUAGCAUGACUUUAAAUCAAACUUUGAUUCAAAGUUUUAUUGGAAAGUGUUCGAAUGUUAGCUGUUCAACGCAGGUCACUUAUUCUUGGACUAUUUCAUCUGCCGAUAAUACAUUCAAGGCAUCUUCUGAUGGAAUUACUAAUAUUCUCAACUUGGUUGAUUCUACUAUUACAAUUUCACCUCCAAUUCAAUUGACCACAAAUUUAUUGUCACUACUCAAUAGUACUUUGACAUUUUCUUUGAGUAUUGUCAAUCCAUUACUGAAAUCAUUAACUUCAUUGAUCCAAAUCCCAAUUGUCUCUCCAGCUUUACCACCAACAGUUAAUAUUCCUGGAUGGACAAGUGACGUUUACGGAGCUAACACGACCAUUUCAAAUGUCAUGAGAGUUAGCCCAAGUCAAGGUAUUUCACUCACUAAUUUAUUCACUAUAACUAUUGAAUCAUGGAGUGCUGAUUCUAGACUCCUUCCUCUCAAGUAUGCUGUUGGAUUUUAUGAUAAAAAGACGAGUAAGCCAAUUAGAGUAACUGAAUAUUCGAAUCAAACCGAAAUUUCAAUUUAUUUACCUUAUAUGAAGUCAUCUAGUUCAAAGAGAUCUAUUACUGCUGAUUUGGAGAGUGUUGAAUUGGUUGUGUUUAUUAUGGAUGUGAUUGGAAAUAUCGAUUUCAGAAAGUCAGCAACUGUCUACCUGUCACCUUUUAGUGGAACAGCUACUCAAUUGACAGAAAAGAUUAAUUCAUUGACAGGAUAUGCAAUUACUGUUGCCUCCUAUGAUCAAUCCUUGUCAUUAUUGAGUAGUACAGUUAGUGAUUUAACUCUCAGUCUGAUUAAGAACAUUACAAUUGAUCCAAAAUUCCCAACAGCUGCUCUUAAUAGUUUACAAUCUUUGACAGCUGAUGUCAAUUCAUUGACAAGAGAAAUUGUUAUUGAGGUGAAUAGCAAAUUGAAUGGAUUUAUUACAUCUGUGAAUGGCAGCUAUGCUGAUGAUAAGAAGAAUUACGGAUUUGUCAAGAGCAAACUAGCAAAUUCUGAUGUGACUUUGACAGUUUCUGUCAGUUCUAAUUUAUUGCAAAGUGUAUUCGAAAGUGAAGGUACCAAGAAUGUUGUCAAUCAAUUGGUUUCUACUAUUUUAUUUGGAGAAAUCGCUAACAUGAUUCAAUCAAGUCAAAAAACACUUAGUUCAGUUUCGUAUAGUUCCAAUCUAAUUGACUUUGCAGUUUCCAGCUUUAUAUUGUCCAAUCAAGUGAAAUCGAAUCAAACUCAAUCUAUCCUUAUGGGUAACUACACCAGUGUCUCUAUGAAUAUUUCAAAUAUCAUGAGUCAAUAUAAUGCAUUCUCAAAAGAUUGUGGAAUUUCUCUAAUUGUCUAUUCCAAGAAUACUAACUUUGACAAUUCUACUAACAAAUUGAAACUUGUUUCAAGUGUUAACGAUUUCAAGUUCAGCGUUGAUUCAUCUGUUGUGCCUCUCUCAGAUUUGACUCAACCAAUUAUUCUUCAAUUUGAGCUUGUGGACGAAUUGACUACAAUUUUAGAAUCUUUGAAAAAUGAAACUCUGAAUGUAACUCAAAAUGAUCCAACUCAAUCCCUCUCAACCAAUGAACAAAAGUAUUUGUGUAAAUAUUGGGACGAAUCAAGUCAAUUGUGGAGUUCUAAAGGAUGUUCCUUCAAGAGUGUGAAUUUACAAUCCAAAACAAUUGAAUGUUCAUGUGUUCACACAACCAUGUUUACAACAUUCAUUGAACAGAACAGUACAUUUAUCAGUAAUCUUAAAGAUCAAGUAUCAGCUCUCUAUUCAGUCCAAAUAGCUUUUGGCAUCAUCUAUGCAAGUGUUGCUACUGUAAUUUUAAUUGGAUUAAUUGCAUUCAGAAAGGAACAACCAGUUUCCUCCAGAUUAAUGACUCCAUAUUUUGGAAUGGUUGCCUUGAUCGCAGAAAGUGUUUUGAUUUACAUUAUUCAGAGAAGUAUUUUGGCUGAUCAAUUGUUGAAUUCUUCACCAUCUGUAUGGGAAACUGGUGAUACAGCUGCUAAUAUUAUUGCCAAUGUAGUUGCUAUCGUUGUCAAUACUUUGAAUUUGACAGCUAUUUUGAGCUAUGUCAUUCAAGUGACAAGAUUCCAAUUAAUGAAAUACUUGUAUCAAAUCUUGUCUUCCAGUAGAGGAAAUGAACAAAAGAGUGAACAUACAAUUAAUGUUAUCAGAUUUUUGACAGCUCCAAGUUUGUCAAAUUCAAUUCUUUCAGCAUUUGCUGGUGUGAAUGUAAUUUAUUGGUUAUUGUGGGUAAUUUUGAGAAGAACCAAUGCAAUUGAACCAGCCACCUAUACUUACAUUGUUUCCAUUUCGUAUACAGUGUGCAUUCUUGUAUUCAGUGUCUUGAUUACUAUUGUGGCUGUUUUAGAUUUUAUUGGCUCUACAAAGAAACAUUUGGACAUGAAUACAAAGAGAAGAACAGCUAUGGAUCACUUAGUUGAGAAUCCAAGCUCUAGUUUCAAGAAGGAUAAGAAGAAAUUCGUUGGAAAUCCAGCCAAAAUUUUCAGAGAUUGGCUUAUUACAUUGGACGGUCCUCUCUACUUUAGAAUGGAAAUGAUCUUGUACAUUAUUUGCUUUAUUUUCUUAGUUUUGAAUCAAGGUAUUGGAUUGAGUAGUUUACCAUACAGAUAUGAAAGUGUUGAUUCAUUUAGAAAAGCUCUCCUUUCUGAUGGAAUUUCGUUUAUCUUUGAAGUUUUAUAUGUAGUGAGCUAUAUUUUCGUAUUUGGUGGAUAUGCACUGAUUAUCACACUCAAAUACAAGUAUCAAAAGUGGAAAUAUCAACAAGCACUCAAGGCAGCAGCUACAGAACCUCAAAAUGAGGAAAUUUGGAUUGAUGAGGCAGUUGAUGAAAUUCUCUCAUCCCAAGAAGGAACAAGUCUAUUCGAAACUUUUUGUGUCAAGGAAUUCUCAUGUGAAAAUCUCUAUCUCUAUCAAGAUUUACAUGCCAAUAAGGAAAUUAUUGAUGGAAACAAUUUCAAGGACCUUCCAAGAUUCAUGUCCUUUGUUUUCCACAACUAUGUCAAAGUGGGAGCUCCAUCAGAAGUCAACCUACCUUCCAGUAGUAGAAACUCAUUCCUAUUCCUCUUCAGAUCAGCACUCUCUCAAAAAGAAACCUUCUCCUCCAGCCAACAAAUUAAAUUGGAUUCGAAUCUGUUGCGAGAUUUCGAAGCAGUAGAAAAGGAAAUUCACACCGAAAAUAUUCCAAUUGUCGAGUUGAAUGCAACAAAUAUUAAGGAUUGCUUUGAAAAUUUGGAUAGAAAUGUUUUGAUUAAUAUUGGAGAUACCUUCUCUCGAUUUGUUUACACUCCGGAAUAUAAGAUUUUUAAAAAGGCAAAGGAAUUGCAAAAUGCAAUGAUUCAAAAGGCAAAUAUUGUGUAUGGAUUGUAAAUAAACUAAAUGAAACUAAUCUCUUUAGAAUGUGUUG